UAAAUCUACAUCUUCAGAACAGUAAAGAAAAGCAGAUAAGGUCCGAAAACUGGGCCUGGUACUCCCUCGGUCAAAUGGGGUGAGGGGAAUAGGGAUAGAAAAUUGAGCCCGCGAUGUGGAGCAGUUAUACUCACGUGACGUUAGCGUGACACCGUCGUAAACGAAAGUUCCAUCUCGGAGAACGGUUUUAUCAAACUCAAACUUAACAGCUCAAGGAUGUCUCUCGAUGUGUCCAGUAAAGAUCUUUGGAGUGCGACUACUAGAAGUACAAUCAGAGAAAGAUGUCAAUUCAUGUUUAACAACGAGCUCUUGAGCGAUGUGAAAUUUGUCGUUCGAGACUCUGAAGGAGGAAGUGAAAGUAUGAAGAAGAUUCCAGCUCACAAGUUCUUGUUGGCGAUCAGUAGCCCAGUAUUUUAUGCCAUGUUUAACGGUGAACUGGCCGAGAAGAAAGACUCAAUCGCUAUCUCUGAUUGCGAUCAUAAAAGCUUGUUGGAGUUGUUUCGUUUCGUGUACAGCGAUGAAGUGAACUUGAACGCAGACAAUGUCAUGCAAGUGCUUUAUUUGGCCAAGAAAUACAUGCUUCCUUCCCUCGCUGACAAGUGCACAGAGUUCCUUGGAGAAAACUUGGAUGCGUCAAACGUGUUCCAUGUGUUGCCAGACGCACAGAAGUACGAAGAGAAAGAUCUGGAGGAUCAUUGUUGGGAAGUUAUCGAUAAACAGGCGGACGAAGCUGUGAAAUCGGACGGUUUCGUGACAAUUGAGAAAUUAGUGUUGGAGGCAUUAGUCGAGAGAGAUUCGUUGAAUAUCAAAGAAGUGGGAUUAUUCAAAGCUGUCGAUUGCUGGGCUACAAAGAAAUGUGAAAAGCAAGGCCUAGCAGCAGAAGGUUCUGUGAAAAGACGGAUCCUUGGAGAACGGAUGGUUAAAGCAAUUCGUUUCCCAGUGAUGGAACAGAAGGAAUUCGCCGAUGUCGUGCUUGACUCUGACAUACUCACAAAGAAAGAGUUAAGUGACAUGAUGAAGUACUUUAGUUCUUUACUGAUAUUUCCGGAGUGGUGUUCUGAGACCAUAAGACGUGGUCGUAAGCGAAUCAGCAGGUUUGGGUCAGGGGACAAAUUAAAACUGGGGUGGUAUUAUUGUGCCUCGGCUGUUCGAAAUUCAUUAGUUCUUUCGGUAGACAAAAACAUGCGAUUGCAUGCAGCACGCCUAUUUGGAAGCGAAAACAAUAAAUAUUCAGUAACACUUAAGGUAACUGACGCCAAUAGGGUUGCUCUAGCAACUAAAGCAGGUAAGUUUCUUUCUGAACUUAUGCAAAAUGAAGGAGAGGAGUAUCACGGCAUUGAUAUCGUGUUUAAGCCUCCAGCUGUUUUACAGGCGGGAAAGCAGUAUUUUUUGGAAGCUUCCAUUAAAGGUCCACCUUCCUGGUAUGGACAGGGUGGCUUGUCCCAUGUGGAACAUGCGCGCUGGAGUAACACUUUCCUUUGAAAACAAGGCUGGAGCAAUAGAAUUGAAAAAUACAACUGUUUCAAAUGGGCAAUUUUCUGAAUUUGAAUUCACGUUAUAUUAAGUGUAUGUCCUGUUAUGUGUGAGGUAUUGACUCAGAAUCGAAGGUCUGCUUUUUUUCCAAAGUCAGUAGUCGUAAGGUCUUAAAGAUUUAGUCCAAAACAGGCAUUUAAACCAUUGCAAAUUAACAGAUGA